AUGCCAGUUAACUUUCUGCCAUUACCUGAUGCAGACGCUGUCGAGGAACAUUUAACCAGUUUGAGUGGUGAUGAACUUGAGAACGUUUUGAGCAUCUUGCACAAGAAAGGACUACUCAGUGGGUUGCUGACCUCUGUGCUGAGCACUGGCGGUCCUGUAGCAAACAGCGAUGAAUUGGAUGAGGAGAAUGUGAUGUGUGAAGAAACUGCUCUGGCAAGCGAUGGUGUAGAAGUUGAAGGAGAGAUCGUAACAUUUGCUACCAGUGACUGUGAUGUUACUCUUGCUGAUGUUGACUUCCAUGUGAACUGUGUGUUUGGUGUUGAUACAGAUGCAGUGCAGCCAGUGUCAGUGGUGGAGGGAAAACCUAUCACUCUACAAACUGAUGUAGAUACUGUAAAAGAGAUAAUAUGGAGGUUUGGAGAACAAGGUAUAUUCAUAGUCCUUUUAGAUGCCGAUCAGAUCUCAUAUCCUAGUGAUAUUGAUGACCGAUUUAAAGGCAGACUGCAGCUGGACAAACAGACAGGAUCUCUGACCAUCACAAACACCACAACCACAGACUCUGGAUUUUAUGAAGCAAGAAUUACGGCAGGGCCAAAGGUCCAAGUCAAGAACUUCAUUGUUACUGUCUAUUCUCGUCUGCCUGUUCCUGUCAUCACUUCUGCAUCAGUUCAAAAUCUUUCAUCGUCAUCAUCAUCAUCAUCAUCACAACAGAACUGUUCAUUUUUGUGUUCAGUGGUGAAUGUGAGUGAUGUGAGUCUCUCCUGGUACAAAGGAAACAGUUUAUUGUCCAGCAUCAGUGUGUCUGAUCUCAGCAUCAGUCUCUCUCUACCUCUGGAGAUUGAGUGUCUGGAUGAUUCCUACAGCUGUGUGGUGGCUUAUUCAUUCACCAACUGGACUGAAUAUCUUAACACUGAACUCUGUCAGCCAUGUUCAGACAGCAUCUACUGUUGUGGUUAUACUGAAGCUGUGAUCCGAUUGGCUGUCUCUGCUCUGGUGGUCGUGGCUACUGUUGCUGUGCUGGUUUAUGACAUCAGAUCGAGAAAUACUGAACAGGAGAGGAGAGAACAGACAUCAGCACAAGACCCUUACUGA